CAUUUUCUCCCUGCAACUUAAAAAAACAAAAACAAAAGCUCAAACCUUUGGAGUGUCCUCUCUCAAAUUCUCAAUCCCAACGCCUUCGCUUUAAGCAACCCAAAAUCCCUUAUCGCAAAUAAAGCAACAAAACCCAAAUCCCAUAUCAUAAAGUUUCAAUCUUUACACUCCUCCCUUUGAAAAUUCCAACCACCCAGAAACCAAACCCAAUUCGUUUUUGCUACCUGGGUCUUUCGGGAAAUCCCAACCCUCAAAUGUGGCGGCCGUGGAGUAAAUCAACGGUUCAGAUUCACCACACGUCGUCGCCGACCUCGCCGUUCUCUUUCUCCUCCUUCAAAGACAUCCAGAACCUCUGCGCCGACGACGAGCCGUCGCAGCCCGCCGCCUCCGCCAAGAAAGCCUCGGUGAUCUUCCACCGCGUCCGGGUCGCCAACUCGCUCCUCCGCGCCUGGAACUCAACUCGCCCCAAAGAUGACCCCACGCCGCAAAACGACCCGUCGUCCAAGUCCAUUUCCCUCCCGGGCGCCGAGAAGCGCAUUGUCGUGUACUUCACCAGCCUACGUGUCGUGCGGCGGACGUUCGAGGACUGCAACGCCGUCCGAUCAAUACUCCGGGGUUUCCGCGUGACGCUGGACGAGCGGGAUCUGGCGAUGGACCAGCGCUUCAUUACCGAGCUGCAGCAGAUCCUGGGUCAAAGGAAGUUGACCCUGCCGAGGGUUUUCAUUGGCGGGAGGUACAUUGGUGGGGCCGAGGAGGUGAAACAGCUGCACGAGGCUGGCGAGCUCAAGAAGUUUGUGGAAGGCCUGCCCGUACAGGAACCGGGCGCGUGCGGCGCGUGUGGUGGGUACAGGUUUUUACUGUGCGACGAGUGUAACGGGAGUCAUAAGUUGUAUUCCGAGAAAGGUGGCUUCAGGAGUUGUGCCUCUUGCAAUGAGAAUGGUCUCAUCAGGUGCCCUUCUUGUUCUUGCGCACCAAUCUUAGCUAAUUAGGAACAAAAAUGAAGAAGAAGAAGAAGCAAAUCUUUCUUUUUUAUUUUGUUGGUUUUUUUUUCUCUUUUAAUUUCUGGGUUGGAGUAGAUUAAUCUGUAGUUUUUUUUGUUAUGGAAGAUGUUGUUGGGUAAUGUAUGUAAUGUAAGAAAGUGUAGUGUUCCCAACCAGAAAUGGGGUGUGACGUUUUGUCACCCGUUUGGUUUUUACAAGCUAACCUUGAGCUGA